AUGUCAAACGCCGAGGAAUCUAGUGGUAAAGUAGAGUUUAAGCGCAAAAAUAGGAAGCCUAUGAGAAAAAGAUUGGCUUCUUCUGAAGACAGCGAUAGCGAAAAUGAAGAUGUCUCUGUGAGAAACAAAGUUGAAGAAAUGAAAAUUCUUCAAAAGCUUAGGCAACGACCACAUGGUGUUAAUAUUGUUGGGUUAGCUCUGGGAGAAAAUGUUGCUCCAGACGUUAUGAAUUCAGAUCCGUUUAAUGUGAAAAAAGGUGGGAUGGUAAACAUGGCUGCAUUAAAAAACAAUAAACUUAAACAAGACGAUGCUUAUGACACGGGUAUUGGAACUCAAUUUAAUGCAGAAACUAAUAAACGUGAUGAAGACGAGGAAAUGGUGAAAUAUAUUGAAGAGCAGCUCUCAAAAAGAAAGAACAAAAGUAAUGAAGAAAAUGAACAUAAUACAAGUGGAGAUAAAGGAACAUAUUGCUCACCUGAGGAAGCUGCGCUUCAGGCUGUGCCUGAACACUUGAGACAAAGUUCUGCACACAGAAGUGAGGAAAUGCUUUCAAAUCAGAUGCUUUCUGGUAUACCUGAGGUUGAUCUUGGUAUAGAUGCUAAAAUACGAAAUAUUGAGGCUACAGAAGAAGCAAAAUUAAAACUACUUUGGGACAGACAUAGAAAAAAAGAUGGUCCUUCACAGUUUGUGCCCACAAAUAUGGCUGUGAACUUUGUACAACAUAAUCGAUUUAACAUCGAAGACGCAGAUGUUCAAAAGGGAAAACAAGAUCUUGAAGAAAGAAAAAAAGCUGCAUCUCUUAAUGAAAAUGUAAAAGGAAAACGUAAAGACAAUGGAGAAAAAGCAACUGAUGAUUAUCAUUAUGAAAGAUUCAAGAAGCAGUUUAGGAGAUUUUAAGAUAUUAAAAAAAAUGUAAAUUAUAAUCUGCUAAUUGUAAUUCAAAUUGUAAUAAUAAUUAAUAAUGAAUCCCCACUAUAC